AUAACAGCGGCGCGUUUGUAUACAGUCUAUGUUUUCUAUGCUUGUGUAAAGUGUAAAAAUCGUUGGAGGGAACAAGGACGAAUUUUACACCUGAAAGCAAAAAAUAAACACUAAGAAAAUGUCAUCCGUGAAUCUGACCGGCUUAGGAGCCAACCAAGUGAAAAACACCACGUCUGGAGAGAUGGUGGAGAUUGGUUCUCUGUGGCGGGAGCAGACAGUUGUUCUCUUCUUCUUGCGGAGGUUUGGUUGUCAGGUGUGUCGGUGGAUGGCAGCGGAGGUCAGUAAACUGGAGAAGGACCUGAAAGCAAAUGGUGUCGCUCUGAUCGGCAUCGGACCCGAAGAGACGGGAGUGAAGGAGUUCAAGGAUGGGGGAUUCUUUAAGGGUGACAUCUACAUUGAUGAGAAGAAACAGUGUUACAACGAUUUAGGCUUUAAAAGGUACAAUGCCGUGAAUGUGAUUCCAGCUGCUAUGGGAAAGAGCGUACGAGAAAUUGCCUCAAAGGCAAGUGCAGAAGGAAUUCAUGGAAACUUUAGUGGAGAUCUUCUGCAGAGUGGAGGCAUGCUCAUCGUCGCAAAAGGUGGAGAAAAGGUUCUGCUGCAUUUUGUCCAGAAAACGCCCGCAGACAACGUAUCUCUUGAGGACAUCACCAAAGCUCUCGGGAUCUCGGUGAACGUUCAGGCUGGUGAAAAGCCACAGUGUAAUGAAGAUGUUUGCACAAGAUAGAGGAUUCAAAGUUCUUCAGGGAUGAAUGGACUGUGACUUCUGGUUAUCCAGUGUUGUAUUCCCACUAAUCUGACUCAAAUCAUCUUUACAUUUAUGUGAUUCAUUGCUUUGGUUUACAUUCUAAACUAUAAUGCACUGAUCAUACAGCUAGGAAAUAAGAACAUUUAUAAGCAUUUUAUAUGUUGAUCAGUAAUGCUAUUUUGAUC